AUGUUGCUGUCUUUGACUCAGCUAUCCCGAUUAGGGAUACUCCUGCUGCUGUCGGUGUCAAACCUACUCCAGUGGGAGAAUGUGACUUCUGCUCCCAUCGAUGACAAUGAGAUUGACUACGGUGAGGGGUCCCUCAAGGCCUUGUUUGACCAUGCCAUCAAACUGUCACAGACCUCCAAUGAUCUCACGAUGGAAAUGCGCAAGUUGUUUUUCUCCGAUGUCUUCUCCUCAAAAAUGUUCAAAAAAUUUGUACUGGAUUUCCUCAAGGAUAAGAAGUACAUGGUCAAGACUCUCAACUGCUGCCACACAUUUUCUCUUAACACUCCAGAAACUGUGGAGGAAGCCAGACAUAUCUCUUUUGAAGACUUCCUGAAGAUUAUCCUCAGCCUAGUGCAUGCCUGGAAUAACCCUUUGCAUCACCUAGUGACUGAACUCGGUACUAUGAAAGGCGCCCCUGAUGCGAUUUUAUCAAGAGCCAAAGGCAUUGAGAACAUAAACAGUGAGCUUCUAGGGAGCAUCAAUAUGAUACUGAGUAUGGUUCAUCCUGGACUCGAGCAAAAUGAGAAAUACCCUGUCUGGACGGAUCUGGCAUCCUUGCAGGCAGCCGAUGAAGAACGUCACUUUUUUGCUCUUUAUAAACUGUUAUACUGCCUCCGUGUUGAUAUGUAUACAAUUGACCUUUAUCUCAAGCACCUGAGGUGUGUGCUUGUUAAUGGUGACAUCUGCUAUUCUGUAGAAUUUUGA